GUUUCCCUUGCCUGCAUCACGACAACCAACGAGCUCCGUCUUUUUUCGAUAAUGGUGACAAGCUGAGAUCGAGCCCUGACUGACUCCACCGGCUGUGCCGGUCACUUCUCCACCUUCCGAUCACUACAGUUCCACACUCGCCACUGUAGUGCGUGCUUCUCGGUCCGAAGCACUGAGGUUAUAGUUUUUUAACAGUUACGACUUCCUGACUCUUUUUUUUUUUUUGGGGACCGCAUUGCCCUUUCCCUCCCAUCAUUCUGCAAUUGGAAAAAGGUCCCGAUUCAUUUUUCUCCUUUUCAUUCCGUGAUCAUUCCACUCUUCUCCGUGUCUGAACUCUGCGGAGGAAGAAGGCAGGGAAGAAAAUAAAGAGACUUGCAAUGGAUUUCGGAGCUGUCACCGCUAAAAAGUUCUCGAACGGCUAUGGCGUCCCUGGAAAGUCUGCAUACGACGGUGUUUUUGCCUCGCCAGUGAAGUUUAGAGCUCCUAGGCUGGCCUCCACUUUUGAAGAUUACAGUGAAAUUUUUGGUGGUUCGGAAGCUUCUAUAGGAUCCUCGAUUCCAGUUCUUGAAGUUCCUGAGCUCAAUGACACAAGAACUUUGCACGACGUUCAGCGCUCCAAGCUCGAUUAUUCGAAGGUCUUCGGAGGGUUUGGGAAUCUGGAUGCUGCCGUACCAUAUGAGGAGCUGUUUGCUGAGUCUAAGAAUAAAGACAGUUUCCCCGAGGGAGCAUCUAGCCAUGAUAAAGGAGGAAAGCGAUCUAGCAAGGAAGAUUCUUCUAAUUGUUCAAAGCAGGUCCCACUGGUGUCUCAAGAAACAUCAUAUGGUGCCAAAAAAAUCAAUAUGUCAUAUCACAAAAUGAACCAGGGAACUGGAAACAGAAAAAAUGGCACAACGCACAUAGCUCAGCUCCAUGCUGUCCCUGCUUAUACUUGCUUAAUUGAAGAAGUCAAUCCCUUGAAGAUAAAAAGAGAUGACCAGUCAAUACCAGAAUUGCAGCAUGCGUAUCCUGGUAGUGAUUGCCCAGAGGGAAUUAAAAAAGGGGAACAGUGCACGAAAUCGGUUAAUGAUCCUACACCUGAAGGUGCUAUGAAAGAGUCUUCCAAGGGCAGAAUCAGAGUUCAAGAUAGUUCUGAUUCAAUUGAUAUGUUUUUCAAUGCAUGUGAGGUUAGCCAUAGCAGUGACAGUGGUAUGAAACAAUCUGAAGUUGCUGCUGGUGCUGAGUCACCAGGACACUUUGAUGACAUGAUAGAUUCAAAUUCAGAGGCAGCUGCCUCUGUAGCUGCUUUAAGGAAGGCAAUAGAAGAAGCUCAAGAAAGAUUAAAAGUUGCCAAAGAUUUGAUGAAAAGAAAGAAAGAAGGUUUUCCUAAUCGCAUAAAACGAAGGCUUAAUAAUGACUUGAAAGCUGAAGAGAAGAAGGAGGACAAAUUUGCCCAUAAAACAAUGCAUGAAGGGACUAGUUUGGGUCAAACAUUUGGCCAAAUGGAUGUUUUGCCACAAAAGUCUUCUUUGACUAGAAAGGCGAUGAUGAGAAAAGAGCAAGUAACCUUAGAUCUCAGGGCUGAAGAAGUGUUUUUAGCUAAAGAAGCGGUGAGAGAAGGACCAGAGAAACUUGAAUCAACUCUAGCUGAACAUAGUAAAGAAGAAAUUGGACUUAAAGAGGCUGCUCAUGAGGAAACACUUUUUGAGUCUAAAGAUGAAGAAAAUAAUAAGGAAGUGUUAUACACUGUAGAUGAUUAUGCCUUUGAGAAGCAAGAUGAAUCUCGCCGGACAAUAGAAGUGUUUGAGGGACCUUGUGAACCAGAGGCUAAUGAAGAAAAAGUCAAUGUAGAUCAUGAGGCAGGUCAGUAUGAAGAACUUGUGGAUAAAAAGAUGUUUAUGAGUGAAGAACUUGUAGAUGACACUAUGUUAGCUCGAGAAACACUUGAUUCUAGAGUAGAAGAUGAACCAGUAACUGAUGAUAUGGUUGCACCUUUCCUUGAGCAGGAAGACUCUGAAAGAAAAAUAGUUGGGGUGGGAUUAUCUAUGGGAGAUGAGAAAAAAAUCAAUUGUAAAUCAGAAGAUGAGGAAAAGGUUGAAGGACCUUGUGAGCAAGAGGAAUGUUCAAGGAACUUGAUAGGUCAUCAGGAAUUUAUUGAGCUUAAGAAGAAUGAUACUCAAGAGGAGAUUGAAAGUGAGGAGAAGAUUGAAGUUUUCAGUGAUCUAAAGGAAUUUGAGUUGAGAGAGGAUAUGAAGUCCAUUGAAAAUUAUAAACCAUUUCAUAUUCAUGACUUGGACUUGAUGAGUAUGAAAAGACAAAUGAAGAACUGGAGUUGUGUGGAAGAGGGAAAGAACAUGAACAAAGCUGUUCUUUUGGCUCUAAAUCAGGAGACAGAACAUUAUUAUCAGAGAGAAGGUUGUGAAAAUAGGUUUGACAAUAUCCAUAUGCAGGAAAUUCUGAAGAGUAUUCUGGGCCAUGCUGAUGAUGAGGAAAGAUUUCGUGAAGUAAUGACAAAGGAUAGCGGCUCUGAUGGAAAUGAGCGAGUUGGAGAUGCCAAAGAGGGUGAGAUGAAACUCAAAGGAGUUUUUUAUCUGACUGAAGAAACCGACAAAAAUGAUAGUGAGCCAGUAGAAAUUAUGAAAGUGAUUGAAAGUAGCCUUAAUUAUGAGGAGAAAAAAGUCAAGGAAGCUCAUAGAACCACAGAACUUGGUCCAAACAAUGAGCUAGAUGGUGAUGACUUCAGCAAAACUGAAGCAGCUGCUGAUACAACAGUUGAAUGUGAUAAAAUUCCAGAAGUAACUCCUGAGGAAUAUUCUCAUGAUGAACAAGAUGAAACACUGGUAGCAAGUAAUGCUUCACUGCGGUAUGAGGAGAAAUGCAAUGAACCAAAAUCUCUUCAAGUGAUUAAUAAUCUUGGGGAGAAACAUGAACUUAAAUCUUCAUUGGCUCAAGGUGCCCUUCAACUCAAUGAAAAUGAAGCGAUGACUCAAAUGCAAUAUGCCAAUGAAACAGUCUCCUUUGACCACCCUGCCACAAAUACUGGUGACCCCCAUGAAAAUGUUGAGCAAAAUCCUGGUGAUUGCUGGAAAGAAGAUGAAGAUAACAGUAAUUUGGCAAUGGCUGUUGAAGAACCAUCUGAAUUGGGGGACGUAUGUGAAUGCAUGAAGGAGGAUGAAGAUGAUUCGAAGGGCAAGAUAGAUGAAAAUCAAUGUAACUCCUCUCAUGAGGAAAUCUUGGUUGACAAUGAAAGGAAUAUGGAAGCAUCUCAACCACCUGUGCCUGAAGGGAAAUCUAGCACCAUUGAUUGUCAAGAGAUUGAACAAGCUCACGGAAAUCUAAAGAAGAAUUAUGAAGCAUGCCUAACUAUGGAAGAGGAGAAAGCAGAUGAGACCUCACAAAAGGCAGAGCCAGAUGCAGACCACCUCAAGAAAAAUGAAGGAGCAAAAGAGAGGCAAAGAGAAAGAGAAAGAGAAAGAGAGAAAAUAGCUGUAGAAAGAGCAAUUCGUGAAGCUCGUGAAAGGGCAUUUGCAGAGGCCCGAGAAAGGGCUACUCUGGAGAGAGCUGUUGGUGAAGGUCGUAGAAAAAAUGUUUCUGAUGGACGAGAAAGGCUAUUAAAGACAACAGGUCAGGCAAAUGAUAAGACAUCAGCUGAGAGGGCUGCUAUGGAAGCAAAACUCAAAGCUGAACGUGCUGCUGUAGAGAGAGCAACUGCAGAGGCAAGAGCACGUGCCCUAGAAAGGGCACUGUCUGAAAAGGCUGCCUCUGAAUUGAGAAACAAACCUGACAAGUUUUUCGCAGAGAAGUCUUUUGGUGGUUCCAGAGAUAAUGGAACGAAGACAAACUUUCACUCCAAAUCUUUCAGCUAUGGUGAUACAUUCGAUGGAGCUAACGGAGACAGUGUUCAGAGAUGCAAAGCUAGGUCUGAGAGGCAUCAAAGAAUAGGAGAACGUGUGGCGAAAGCUCUGGCUGAAAAGAAUGCUCGUGAUCGGCUUGUGCAGAAGGAGCAAGAGGAGAGAAAUAGGUUCGCAGAAGCUCUUGAUGGUGAUGUUAAAAGGUGGUCAAGUGGCAAGGAAGGGAACUUGCGGGCAUUACUUUCAACGCUACAAUAUAUACUUGGGCCCGAUAGUGGUUGGCAGCCGAUUCACUUGACAGAUAUAGUAAACACUACUGCUGUAAGGAAGGCUUACCGUAAAGCCACUCUUUUUGUGCAUCCUGACAAGCUGCAACAGCGGGGAGCAAGCAUUCAACAAAAGUAUGUUUGUGAGAAGGUCUUUGAUCUUCUAAAGGAGGCCUGGAACAAGUUCAACAUGGAAGAAAGGUAAACAAUUCUUAAAGCCCGCUCCAUAUGGUAUGCAAGGAACGUGACCAUUCUACAAACCAAUUUUUUGUCCAUUGUAAAGUGCAAUCAACGCGCCAAAAAAGGUGUACUCCCAAAGCUGGGCAACUGUAAAAUCUGCUAUGUAAAAGUAGUUUUAGCCCCCUGUCUAUAUCUAUUGAUCUAAUGGAACUUUUAUUAUGGAUUUGUCAA